GAUGUUUUGGGAGACGGACUGUUGUCUUAGGCAAAGGCAAAGAACUGGCCUAAGUGACACCAUGGUAGAAUUAGUUACAGUUCCUUUGCUUUUUGUUGCUUUUCUGCCAUGUAUUUAGGACAAGGUUCAUAAGUCGAGCUAUUUUCAAGAGAUGUGGAAGCUCCUGUUCCAUUGCUAGGGUUGGAAGAAAUUAGAAGUGAGCGUGAUGGUAGGGAAAAGGAGACCAACAUAUCCUUUGCCAAAUAUUACGGGCUGUUCUUGAGAAACCCCUGCAAACCAGAAGUGCAGAGGCCACGUCACAUUCUUUGGUGUAUUUCAAGAUCCUUCGAAUUGCCUUUCCAAAAGAUUCUAAAGCAUGUAAAUCACUUUUGACCCCGUGAUCAGAACUCAGGAAACUGGGAGUAGGUGGGUGUACUUUGGACUGAGUAGAAGACAACGUGACUUUUCUACCUUCACAAGAACCAGAAAGCAAUUUUUGAAAAGGAAGAGGAAGCACAAUCUACACUAGAAAUGGAUCCAACUUUUGGGAAGGACCCCAACCCCUUUUUCACUUUCAUCUCUACCUCCUGGAAUCACACAGGUAGAACCUUCAUUCCUUCCUAGCUUCAGAUGAAGGUCUGAAAGAUUUGGUUCCCUGCGCCAACAGCAGGUGCAGUAGGUGGUUAUUACCUUAUCAACUUCAGUCUCGUUAAUCAUCUACCUGCCUCUCAUUUCCCGGACAAGCCUUUUCCUGCUUUGAAGCAGAAACCGUUUGCAGUGAAAGGCUACAAUCCAAAGAACACAGUUUGACACCCAGGGCGGGCUUCUUCGGCUCUUCCCUUAGGCGAACACUCCUCAAGGUGACCUCAUCAACUUUGCAUUCUUCCAUGAGAACACUCAACGUGGAAAGCUUAACAGGGAAAGAUUGUUAGCAGAACAGCAACAGCAACUCUUCUGCUGCUGCUGUUUCCUUUCCCUGACCUGUCCCAGAUUUAGCAAACAUUGAGAGCAGCUAGGAAACUCCCUAAAGCAAUGGCAGAGCUCCACCCUCCAUUGAGACUUUCAACCAUCCCUCCAACUGGGCGUUCCUGGGCUUUGGGCCAGUGCCUAGACUAAUAUAGUACCGCACCCUCAUAGGCUUUCUGAUCAGCUUCUCAACACGCCUUGCUGGGUCUUUAGUCUUUCCUGUGGCCUCUUCGCCCUGCUGGCAUCGGGGCCACCAUGUCAGUCACCCUUCAGUUCAAUGGGCGCUCCCUGAUUUCUCCGCUCGGGAUCAUUCGGUUGUUGGAGAUAUUUUUCUCCUGCACUGCUUUCAGCUUAGCAGCUGUCUAUCACAACUACGAUGGAAACUAUGGGGCUUGGUCGAUGUUUACUUGGUGCUUCUGCUUCAUCAUUUCUGUCUUUGUGGUGAUUAUGGAGCUGAUCAGCCUGGACAAGGCCCUGCCUCUUUCCUGGCAGGACUUCACCUCUGCCUUCUCCAUGCUGGCCACUCUGAUGAUCUUCACGACUUCCAUUGUCUACCCAGCAACCUUCAUACCUCUCUGCAAGAAUUACAACUGUGAUUACCAGAUUGGGGCUACUGUCAUGUCUUGCCUCUGCUUCAUUGCCUACGCAGUAGAAGUAGGACUCACCCGGGCCAAAGCAGGGGAACUCAGCAACUUCCUGACUACCAUCCCUGGCCUCCUGAAGGUAUUUGAGGCCUACAUAGCUUGUCUUAUCUUCUCCUUGCUGGACAGACUUUCCUAUUUCAAGAGUUAUCCUGGUCUGGAAUGGUGUGUGGCCGUCUACAGCAUCUGCUUCAUUCUCACCAUGGUGAUCAUCAUUCUCACCAUUGGACGCUGCCUUGGUUCCCUGCCCAUCCCCGUGGAGAAGACUCUCGUGGCCUACAACAUCUUGGCUGUUCUCAUGUAUCUUACGGUGGUGGUCGUAUGGCCUUUAUACAGCUUUCGGAACAUUCCAAGACCUUCGUGUACUCCUUAUCCUGCGCGCUGCGCCAUGUGGGACAAUCACCUGGGAAUUACUUUUCUCUCCUUCUUCAACCUCAUUGCCUACAUCGUGGACUUCACCUAUUCUUACAAAAUGGUUUUUGUGACCACACCGGCAUAGAUUGCUCAUGUCCUCAUCUCGCCCAUACACGUGGAACCAUGUUGGCUUAUGCUGCUGAACAUGCUGAAAUCCAAGAAGCAUGGAUCCAGGAGUAGUGGAGGUUAUGAAUAUCUGAGGUGAUGGUGGUGAUGGUACUUCUAAUCUUAUAAUUACAUGAUUUAAAUUUUGGACUGUUUUAUUUUAUACUUGCAGUUAUGUUGGAUGGAUAGAUCCCAUUUCAAAAAGCGUUGAACCUACCUUCAUUCAUUACAAGGCUUCUAUGAGUUACACCCUGGUUAGAUGUAAGCCCUUCAGGUGUGACUAAAAGUUUGAUCCAGGGCCUAAAAAUUCUCCCCAAAUUUUGGAGAAACCAGAGUGCUUUAGGCUUUCCAACUUCUGUUUUAAAAGCAGUAGCUGUGAGAAGUGAGAAGAUGAUGAGCAAAGAAGGAACAUCAGGACUGGAGAAGAAGCUGAGUCCUCCACAGAAAGAAGACAACUUUAAUCAUCGCACUGAGCUGAGGACACAAUUUUUGUCCUCAGAUAUGUCCUACAGGAAUGUUUUCUUUGCCUUUGGACAGAAUCUCUUAUUCAAGUUAUAUAAAACAAGAGAUAUCACUGCAGAAUAUGGAGUGGGAGGGUUAUAUUGCCAUACCGAGCAGUCAGCUAAAACAUGGCUUGUUGGAUUAUGGAUUGCUGAAUAAAUCACAGUUGGCAAUAAAAAGGAAACAGCUGAGUUAA